GAAGUUGGGGGUGGUUUGUUUUGUGUUGGGUCAGGCCUGUGAUUGGACUGCAGAAUCUGCUAGGGAGGAGGAAAGCAGAAGUAAAAUGCAAGGAGCCAAGGAGAGGAGGAGGGCUGCCCUCCCCACCCUUACCCCCACCCCAGUGCACACUCACCCAGGCCUGCAAGAGGGUGCAGCCACUAGCCUGGAGAGGAUCAGUGUGUGUGAAGGGUGAUAAUAACAGAUGGACCCAAGGAACUCUCUACCCCACAUCGACCUGCAAGGCCUCCAGGGGCCGGCUUGCCAACAGCUGGACUUGAUCACUGGCUUGCAAAGUGAGAUCACGCAUCUGGUGGAAUAACAAGCAGGCUUUGCUCUCUGGCUGUUUGUGGAGGAUUUUCACAGCAGUGGCUAGAAAGUGGGAGACUGCUACCUGGACCCUUGAGUUUUCUUGGAGAAGCACAGCACAGGAGAUUCCACCCUUGGGUGAUUCGCAGGACAAUGAUGGCCCUUCAGCAAGCAUCUGCUUUCCUGGUUCUGUUCCUUGCGGCUCUCCUGCUCCCUCCACAGUGUGCCCAGGACCCGGCCAUGGUGCACUACAUCUACCAGCGCUUUCAAGUCUUGGAGCAAGGACUGGAAAAAUGUACCCAAGCAACGAGGGCAUACAUUCACGACUUCCAAGAGUUCUCAAAAAACCUAUCCGUUAUGCUGGGAAGAUGUCAGACCUCCACCAGUGAAUAUAGGAGUGCAGUGGCUAACCUGGCCCUGAGAGUCGAACGUGCCCAGCGCGAGAUAGACUACCUGGAGUACCUGCGGGAAGCUGACAUAUGCCUGGAAUCAGAGGACAAGACCCUGGCAGAAAAGCUCAUCCAAGAGGCCGAAGAAGAGAAAAGGAUCCGGACUCUGCUGAAUGCAAGCUGUGACAACAUGUUGAUGGGCAUAAAGUCUCUGAAAAUAGUGAAGAAGACUAUGGAUACACAUGGCUCUUGGAUGAAAGAUGCUGCCAGCAGUUCCCAAAAGGUUUAUUUCCUAAUCGGAUCCAGAAACAAAACUCUGUGGGAAUUUGCAAACAUGCGGGCAUUCAUGGAGGAUAGCACCAAGCCAGCCCCACGGAAGCUCAUCCUAACGCAUUCCUGGCAGGGAACAGGCCAAGUGAUCCACAAAGGUUUUCUGUUUUUUCACAACCAAGGGACUCUCAAUGAGAUAAUCAAAUAUAAUCUGCAGAAGAGGACUGUGGAAGAUCGAAUGCUGCUCCCGGGAGGGGCAGGCCGAGCGCUGGUCUACCAGCACUCCCCGUCAACGUACAUUGACCUGGCUGUGGAUGAGCAUGGGCUCUGGGCCAUCCACGCAGGGCCAGGCAUCUCUGGCCAUUUGGUUCUCACAAAAAUUGAACCUGGCACACUGGGAGUGGAACACUCAUGGGACACCCCAUGCAGAAGCCAGGAUGCCGAAGCCGCAUUCCUUUUGUGUGGGGUUCUCUAUGUGGUCUAUAGUUCUGGUGGCCAUGGCCCCCAUCGUGUCACCUGUGUCUAUGAUCCACUGGGCACUAUCGGUGAGGAGGAUCUGCCCAAACUGUUCUUCCCCAGGAGGCCGAGAAGUCAUUCCGUGAUCCAUUACAACCCCAGAGAUAAGCAGCUCUAUGCCUGGAAUGAUGGAAACCAGAUCAUUUACAAACUCCAGACAAAGAGAAAGCAACCUCUGGAGUAAUGCGUUACAGCAAGGAGGAAAGGCACUGUGGCUGUGGACACUGCUCUCCAGGACAUUGAGGCCACAGCCCCUUUAUACUAUCGUGUCCCUCUGAUCACAGACAGGCACAGGGUGUAGAAGCAGGCUUGCAUAUGCAUCCUUCCCCGGAUGUUAUGGCCUGAGGUGUUUUCCAAGACCUUAGAUGAGAGUCUGUCGUUCAGACAUUUUCUACUUCCAUCACCCGUCCAAACCUCCGGGCUCUCUAGGCCUUCCACAUUCUGAUCCAGCUUACGUCCAUCCUUUUCUUUGUUCCCCUCAGCCAGCAAUUAGAAAUGAAGGCCACUGCCUAGUACUCCUGGCUUCCUUCCUGGCCUUUCCUGAAGCUCUUUCCUCUUUCAUAAAUACCUGUCGGUAUUCUUCCAUCUGUCAGUGCCCCACUAAAGUACAAUCUUUUCCUGAUGUUGAAUCUCCACUUCCCCUAGCUCUGCCCCGCCACCAAGCUAAGUAGAUAAAAUAGUGAAGCAAAACCAUUCACAUGUGAAUACCACUUGCUGGUUACAAAGUGUUUGCACCUAGGUACGUCGUUUAAUCCCCAUCCCAUGUCUUCUUCUGAGACAUACAGAAGUCUUUAUAAUUGCCAGCUUAGAGAUGAGAAAAGUUGAGGUGAGCCAAAGUAACACAGCCACAAAAUGAAAAUAGGGCGAGAAGAUACUGCAAAUCCCAUAGUCUUUCCAUUGCCCAAGGAAGCAUCGAAUAUGUGUGUUUGUUCACCCAACCUUUUGUAAGCAAUAUGUUCAUCAUUUCAUCCUAAAAAUAAUGGUCUGCCCCCUUUGGCCAUUUUUCAUGUCUGCACAAGACAUUCCUAUAAGCCCUUCAAAAGCUACUUCCCCCAGAAAACCAGCCUAAGGGUGAGGACCCCCGCUGUAGCCUCAUCUUGUUUUGCCUUCCCCUGUGUCUCUUUUCUUGCUAGAAACACAAUAAAACUGACACGAAGCAAAUAACCCUCAUCAGGUUAUAUUUGCCUACGUGCCCUCAGCGUACAAACUCUCAGGAAGUGCUGUCUGUGCUGGGAUUCCCUGUGAAGCUCCCCAGCACACUGAGGCCCUUGGUAAAGAUUCUGGAAUCUGGAUGGAAGCCAGGUAGCAGGCAAGCGGUUCCCUCUCACAGCAGGCAUGCCAAGUGGCACAGGUGACAGAGGGCAGCUGUGCCUGUCCAGAGGGGCUUCUUCAAAUCUUUCCCACGCGUUUGUCCAAUUCAGCCUAGUGUGGGUCACAAGCUCAGGCUGUGGUGCCGGUCUGUGUCAUGUGCUGAGGCCUCUGUCUUUCCAGGUUGGUCACAUGAGAGGGUUGGCUUUGUGUGCCUGCAGCUGUUUUGCCAACUCUGCCAAGCUCAGGGCGGGACUGUAGGCAAUGAAGAGACGUUCCCCCCCGCCCCCCAUAGCAUCUAAGUAGAUCUCUGGCAGAA